AUGAGAAUCCUCAGUUAUAACUGCCGCGGAUUGGGGAAGAAGCGGGCAGUUAAGUCACUCGAUUCGCUUAUGAAACGAGUUACCCCACAAUUAGUUUUCUUAAUGGAGACUAAGCAAACAAAGGAAGAAAAUGAAAGUACUAGGAGAGAGCUUGGGUUCGAGGAAGGGGAUUCUUGGUCUACGGAUCAUUCCCACGGAGGUAGAGCAGGCGGGAUAAGCCACUGGUGGAAGGAAGGGAUGAAUGUUAUCAUUAUGUCUCUUUCUUUUAAUCACAUCGAUGCUCGGGUUGUGGAAGAUAAUGGGUUUGUUUGGAGGUUUUCGGGAGUCUAUGGCUGGCCGGAGACUCAAGAUAAGUAUAAAACUUGGGAGGUAAUUGACCGUCUGACAGAGCAAUGGACGGGUGCCUGGCUUUGUGGUGGGGACUUUAAUCAAGUCUUGUCACCAACUGAAAAAGAUGUGGGAAGAGCUGUUGUGGAUCACGAGAUGAAUGAUUUCCAAUCGUGCCUCACGGAUGCGGGACUACAAGAUUUGGGGUUUAACGGCCACCAAUUUACAUGGGAAAAUAGACGUGUUGGUGGCAGAUUCAUAGAAGAAAGAUUGGACCGAUUUACUGCCUCGGAUGAUUGGAGAGCUACAUUCCCCCAGGCACGAGUUACACAUCUGGCGAAGGAAAGAUCAGACAAUCGACCAAUGUUGUGUGACACGAAAGGGGAGGAGGAUGAGGAGCCACGAUGGGGCCGAUCUUUCCAUUUUGAUCCCUUUUGGUCUCGUCAUGAGGAUUGCCGACGGACUAUUGAGGAAGCUUGGGGUCAGCCAAACCAGGGGGAUUGUCUAACGAAAUUGUUGUUUUGUAGAUCUCACUUGGAGCAGUGGAGCAGGCGUGCUUUCCCAAAUUUCCAUAAACAGAAGGCCCGCAUUCGCCGUGCAUUGGAGGCUUUGGGAAGGGUGGAGCGUACACAGAUAAUUGCUGACCAGAUUAUACAAUUGGAACAGGAGAUGGACGAGGUGGAGAGCAAUGAAGAAUCCUACUAG